CCGGUGUGCAAUGCAGUCUGGGUCUUGUAGUAGAGGUUUGUAAGGAUUCCCUGGGGCUGGAUCAUUUGUCUUCACGGCGAACUACAACGACCACGGUGCAUUGUGGAGCACUGCAGCGUGGGGGUUGUAGUUUUCCUCUUCUCCAGGCCGGCUGCUCGCUUGGGUGACUCCGCAGCGGCUGCCGCAGCAAGAGGAGACGGGGGGACGAUGUCUGCCGCUUGGGAGCUGCUGGCUCUGAGCUCCUCUCUGCUGCUGGUUGUCUUGGCGCAGGGAGGCAAAUACUCCAAGGAGGCGAACGAGGCUGCUGCAGCCGGCAGCCCGCAGCGCCAGGAGGCCGGGGAGUUCAGGGUUGUGAAGCUGAACCAGAUCUGGGAGAAAGCGCAGCGGCUUCAUCUAUCGGCUGUAAAACUGGCAGAGCUACAUAGUGACCUCAAAAUACAAGAAAAGGAUGAGCUGAGCUGGAAAAAGCUGAAGGCUGAAGGGCUUGAUGAAGAUGGAGAAAAAGAAGCCAAACUUAGACGCAAUUUACAUGUAAUUAUGACUAAAUAUGGAAUGAAUGGAAAGAAAGAUGCCCAACUAGUAGAUACCAAUUACAUCAAAGAUGGCACAGAAAGUGAUGUGCUAGAUGAUCCAAGACUGGAGAAAUUAUGGAGCAAGGCCAAGACCUCUGGGAAGUUUUCCGAUCAGGAGCUGGAUAAGCUGUGGCGGGAAUUUAAGCAUCACAAGGAAAAGAUUCAUGAAUAUAAUAUCCUGCUAGAGACUGUGAGCAGAACAGAAGAAAUCCACAAAAAUAUGAUCAACCCAUCUGAAGAGGACCAGUUCAAAGAGGAAAUCUUGCAUGGCAAACACACAGAACUCAAAGACAAAAUGCGAAGCAUCAAUCAAGGGUUUGAUCGUUUACGUAAAAUCAGCCACCAGGGCUAUGACACAGCCAGUGAAUUUGAAGAACCCAGAGUGAUUGACUUAUGGGACAUGGCCAAAUCAGCCAACUUUACUGAGAAAGAACUCGAAUCAUUUCGGGAGGAGCUGAAACACUUUGAAGCAAAAAUUGAAAAACAUCAUCAUUACCAGAAACAGUUGGAGAUUUCCCAUCAGAAACUGAAGCAUGUGGAGGGAACGGGAGAUAAAGAUCAUCUGAGCAGAAACAAAGAGAAAUACGUCAUGCUAGAAGAAAAGACUAAAGAAUUGGGAUACAAGGUAAAGAAGCACCUACAAGACUUAUCCAGUAGACUCUCAAGAGGUCUUCAACACAACGAACUCUGAACAUAUUUUUCAUGUUGUGAGAUCAAUAUACCCAAUAGAUCACUUUUCCUGGGACUUAUCAAAUACCUAGAGAAGCAGAUAAUUAAAUAUUAAGCACCCAACAGGAUUGUCCUUUGUAAGGAAUAUGUUUUCAGUCCUUUUACAUUUUAGUCACUGAACUGAUACUGUGAUAGUCAAAUUAAGUGAAUCAGUUAUAAAUAAACAUUUAAUUUGCACAUCUUUUAUCAUUUAAACUUUGCAGCUGCAUCACAUCAGCCUUUCAAAUAAUCCAUUCCAAAAAAACAGUAGGUAUUAUAUGUGAGAGCUCCGCUGUUUUUACUAUUGGGGAAACUACAUUUUGUUACCAAUAAAUCCAUCCUGAUCCAUGAAACUAAAAUUGAAGUCAGUGGGACUACUGACCGGUCUAACCCAAAGUAUGUGUUUAAGGCACUGCUGCUGCAAAGGCUUAAUAGAAAGUUAGAAUAAUCUAAAUAUACAGCCUAAGCUAGUGCCCACUGAAGUAAAAUGAAAGACUUUCACUGAAUUCAAUAGACAUUGCAUCAGAUCUUCACUGCAGAUAAUCUUAUAGUGGAUGAGUAAGGAGGGAAGAAGGGUUGGGGCCAAUUCUUCCCAGAUAGUCAUAGAUUAAUGAAUAUUUCAGAAGCUCCUGGAUUUGUAUAACUGUUUUUCACAUUUGUUCAGAGAGUGUUUGUGACACUUAAAUAAUUAAAAAACAAAAUGAGACAUCAGUGAAUUGUCUUUUCCUCUCUCCUUUGGUUAAAGAUAAUUCCAACACUUUUUUUUGCUAGAUGCUAUUUUGAGCAUGCACAUCAUAAUCCUUGUGGCAGUGGGUAUUUUUUGCAGCAGAAGAAUGUGUUUAUUUUGUAUUUUGAAUGUUUGGAAGGUGCUCUAUAUCAAAGUCACUGACUGGAUAUCAUAAGCGAUGCCUAUAGUUAAGGUUACCCUAACAUUCCAAUAUAAGACCCUGUUUUCCAUUUUUAUAACUUAACCAAACUUCAACCAUUGGGGUUUAAAUUGUCAUGCUGGGUGUCUGCCUCUGCUUGAAAUUUUUUUUUUAAGUUUCAGCUAAAACUGUUCUAAGAACAAGGGCAAAGGAAAAUAUGGAUGCUAAUAAGGUCGUACAGCCAUUUUGCUGAGAAGCUCUAG